AUGAUUAAAAAAAUAUUAUUUUUUUUAUUGGCCUCCAUUACACCACUCACACUAAUACUUUCAUAUAUAUUAUACUUUAAACAAAACCCAUACGAAAAUCAAGAUACAGUACCAUAUAUUUCAGAUACAAUUGAAUAUUUACCAAUGGCAACAUUUGGAUUAGCAAUUUCAAGUAUACUUUCAAUUGGUUUAUAUAUUGUCAAAUUUCAAUAUAACAGAUUACAAAUUAAAAAAUGUAGUCCACAUUCAUUAGUUUCAACAUUUUCAGUAGUUUGUCUAUUGAUUGCAUUAAUUCAAUCAAUUGGAUUAUUAGGAGUAAUUUCAUUCCCACAACAUUAUAUUAGAAAUGUUCAUUUAGUUUUCAGUGCCAUCUAUUUCAUCUUUGAUUAUAAUUUACAUUUAAAUAUUUUAGCACCAAAAUUAUUUAUCUUUAGAAUUAUACUAUCAGUUUUAUAUACAGUUGCCAUAUUAAUAUUUCAAAGUACAAAUUAUAAAGAAUAUAAUAAUUUAUGUGCAUUAAGUGAAAUUACAUGCGUUACAUUAUAUUAUUUGUUUUUUAUUUCAUUUUACCAUGAAUAUAAAACUGUUGUAGUUGGUGAAGAUUCAGGCUAUAUAUCAUUUUAA